AUGCCGUUUCCCAACCAAGGUAAUAAUUAUUCGCCAGUUAAACAUUUCAAAAUUUUGGCUGAGUUUGAAGUCUCUGCAACCACGUUCUAUCGAAUGGUACAACAAACUUUCAAUGCUGGGUCUCACCCUUAUGACGCCCUACGCCCUACUGCUUUCACUGUUCGCCGCCUCAGUACCUUUUGUACGAAAAUUCAGGUGUUUUCCAACAAUUGUUCAAUUCACAACUCUGACCCAGGCCAACAACACGACUCUGAAGCUUACGUUGAAAAUCUCGACAUCAAUGUUUCGCAUCUCCGCCUCCCCAAUCCCAAAGCUAGACGCGAAGCCCACUCUCCAAUUGCACAGCGUGAAUCUGAGCCAGAACCGUUCCCUCCAAUCGGACAGUUGAUUCUGGGAGCGCUUGCGGAGAAGAAGGGAUCACACAACAUCCCCGCCCCACCUCGAAAAUCACUACCUGGACCGACGCUGAAAUCUAUGAAUGACUAUGUCAAAGAUUUUGCUCCUCAACACGGGUAUUUAAUUUCAAUUCAUCAAUCAAGCCUCACCAAGAAACCUUUUUGUACUUAUUUGUGCCACCGCAGUGGCUUACCAGAACUUUCCAAAGACGAUCCAACCAAGGAAACGAAGUCCCUCAAGAUCAACUGUCCAUUUAAGCUGAAGGCUCGAUACAACGCGAGCACUGUACUCUGGACACUCUCGCAUGUCAACAUCAAACACAACCACCCACCCAAUCUCAAUCUUCAACCACCACAGCCACCCGCAACCCUAUCGAUUCAAUCUCUUCAUGCGGAAUCAACUUCUGCACCAUUGAUAGACUCAACCCCAAUAUCUUUGGACCCUUCAUCACUCGAUGAGGACAAAACUUUACUACCAACAUCCAAAGUCGAGUUGUUUCUUACCUCAUUUGGGUCAAGAAUUCGAGCUCUAUCAAUCAAACAACAACAGGACGUUAUAAUCAAGAUCGAGAACAUCCUGUUAAACGCUCACGAGUUCAAGGUGAACCCAGCGAAUGUAACCUCAGAAGAGUCACCAAAAACUCAUGAAAUUAAUCACAACACUAAACAACAUGAACCCGUUGAACAAUCUGAGCUGUCGGUAAUCUCUGAGACAAAAUUUUCAAACUCCCAAUCUGAUCCUUCCGAAGUCGAAGUGGAACAACUCUUACUCAACAAAGAAUCCAACCAAUGUGCCCAGCAAGAAAUAUUAGAGUCACUCGAUGGCCCAUCUAAUUGCGAAUCAACUAAACCCCAAGAUACCAAUCACCCACCGAGUCCAUCACAUGUCACGCCAAGACUUUGCUCACCUCCACAGACAUUGAACACAACCGUCAGCCAACCUCAAACUAACAAACGCAGACAGACCGAAAUUAAUGUAGUGGGUGUGAAAAAGAGAAAACAAAACAAAUUGACAUGUGUGGAAAAAGAAAAUAAGUCGCAAGUGACAUCUAGGGUGACUCGUAGUUCAAAUCGGUCAAAAACUGUUGACUGA